AUGGCAGACAUGAUGGAAGAGGACCCCUCAUCGGGGAUUCAGUCCUCAGAAGAGGAGGAGGAGCAGGGAGAGCAAGUGGAAUCCCUGAUUCGAGGACGCGCGAAACGAAGUACCGCCGGGCGACACAUGUCUGCCCUGAUCGACGCCGCCGCCGACGAUGACCUCACAUUGCUCUUCCAGGAGGUCGAAGAUGACAACGAGUUUGCCGCUGAGGCAGAUGUCGAAGCAGCCGAGGAGGAUGAAAUGGGGCUUGAUUCUUCGUCGGACGAUGAUGACGACCAGGGACCAAACGCGCAGAACGAUUACGCAGGGGAACAAGAGCUACAGAAGGAGGAGCGCAGAAAACGCAAAGCGCAGAACGACCUACGGUUCCAGACGCUGCGCAAGCGAGUCAAGAUCGAUCCCACCGCCGUGUCCGCCGUGUCCACCGUGCCUGCCGCUCGUCCCAAGAAAAAGUCCGAACGCAUCUCGUGGAUCCCUACCCCCGAGGAUGGGCCUACGCGGUCAUCGUCGCGUCGGCAGACCAUGCACAAUAAAGAACUUACGCAUGCGCGCCUGAAGGAUAGCCAGGAAAAGCGAGUGCGAAUCAUUGCUACCAUGAAGGAGGCGGAAAAACGGAAAGCUCAUCUGAAGCCCAAAGAAAUGACGCAGGAAGACCACCUCGCAGAGGCUGAGAGGGUGGAGCGAUCGAAUAGCAAGAGUCUGAACCGGUGGGAGCAGGCUGAGAGAAGGAAAGCAGAUGAAAGACGAGCAAAGAUCGAGGCGCUCCAGAACCGCCGUCUGGAGGGACCGGUCAUGUCAUACUGGAGUGGUUUGGCUACGUGGGUGAAUGGGCGCCUCACACGCGUGGGUCAGGUCGAUAUCAAGCCUAAGCCAGACAAGGAUGAGGUUGCGCGAAAGAAAAAGAAGAUGGAGAAAGAGGAGAAGGCUGCAGCAGAAGCACGAGGCUCUGUGGGUGUUCCUGGUGCUGGUGCUGGUUCUGCUGGCCCUAUGGGGCAACCUUCAACCCUUCCAGCACAGCCAGGGAUUCUACCUGUUGGUCCAGCAGAGGCCGGUCCGUCAACAGAUCAGAAGCCGCUCGGUGACAACCCGCCAGAGAAUACGGCUCCGGUGUCUAGUGAGGCACAGCCUGGUCAACCGAAUGGGACCACUUCGCAGGACCAGCCAAGUACGAUUGUCUCGUCUGCAGAGAAAAAAGAUAAUGCGGAAACGACAACACAAGAAUCCAAACCCUCACACAAUACCGAAAUUCCUACCGUGCCAGCCUCGGCGCCCUCUCAACCAUCGGCACCAGCCGUCGAUACUUCGUCUGAUUCGAAGGCUGAGCCUCCGGUAGAAACUGCCCCUAAUACGGACUUCAUGAUAAUCGAUUCUACGCCGGAUACCUCCAAGCACAAUCAGGAGCAGGGACAGCAGGAGCCGACGACUGGCCACACGAGUCUACCCACUGCAGCCGUGGAACAGCCACCUACCUUGAGAGAGCCAUCAAAUUCCAAUGUGAACGGUCCAAGGACAGAACAGCCAGUAGUAAAUGGCGAUGCCGUUGUGUCAACAAUCACUGCCUCAACUCCUCCGACUGCAGCCCCGACCGUCUCUUCAGCCGAAGCAGCGCCUAGCCAACCCACGCCACCCCAGCAUCCGACAAUCCAGGGUCUGGCACCACAUCCCCCAGUGCAGGCCGCUCAACCUGAUGGCAUGACUGCAGCACCAGUCCUGCCGGCAAUCCCCCCACCGCCGCCGGUCAUCGAGCACACCGGCCGCACCCUCACGAUCCUCGAAAACUUCGACGACAAGACGGCGCAGAGUCGGAAGUACAGCAUGUACUUCAACGCCAAAAAGCCACCGCGCUUGACCAAAAUCUCGUCAUCCCUCUGCGUCAUUACCUCAUUACCUUCUCGCUACCGGGACCCGGAGACGUCGCUGCCCUAUGCAAACUCGUACGCAUAUGGCCAGAUCCAGCAGCUUCUGUCACAGGGCUACAUCUGGAGCUCGAUGCUGGGAUGUUUUGUUGGAUCGCCCGACACGGCCGCGCGAGGAGUGCCCGAGCGGUUCUUGGGUGGAGCCAAGGCCAGAUUCCCCGAGCUCGAGCCGGACCCGGCUGCAACGUCAACAAAGGACGAGAGCAGGCCUAAUGGGGAAUCAACCCCGGUGCAAGCAGCCUCGGGCCAGACGGUGGAGCCGUGA